UGUCUGGAGAGAUGGUCUCGUUUUCUGAAUAUUUUUAUUUCUCUUCACAUUUGUUUCUAGCCUUGUUCGUUUGGGUAUCGUCCAUACAUGUUUGCCAAAAAGCCAUAUGCUGCGCACAUGGAGGGGCGCACAGCCAUUGCUCCAGCCGCAACAGCCUCAGCAACAGCAACAGCAACAUGCAAUGUUUCCGUACGCACUGUACGGCAUCCUCUAUGACGACAGCAAUGCUAGCUGGAUUAGCUGGAGUACUGAUGGGAGCAACUUUUCUAUCCGCAGCUGGGACAAUUUGACUACCGGCCAUCAGGCAUACAGCUUCACGACAACCCGGAGCGCCUCAACGAUGAGCGUAGACACAUCCCAGACCCUGAGGGCAAGAUCUGGUCAACAUACGAGUACGAGUGCUUCCACCAAUAUGAAUAUGAAAGUCAUGUUUUUAUACCGCGAAAAGAUCCUGGCCCAAAAACAGGUCCGCCCACACAUUGCACCUUUCUCUUCUUCGUAG